UGGCGGACCCAGCUCUUAUGCAGCAAGAUAUGCCGUUGGGGUACAGAUUCUGCCCCACCGAUGACGAGCUCGUCGGUCACUACCUCCGGCACAAAUUGAUGGCUGAUGAUCCCUCCAUCCACGAGACCAUCCCUGAGAUUGAUGUUUGCAAUUUCGAACCCGGGGAAUUACCAGCUGUUGUUUCAUCGUUUUCACUGAACAAGUCGGGCGAACCAGAAUGGUAUUUCUUCAGUCCUCGCGAUUACAAGUACCCUAAUAGCAAUCGGUGUAAUAGGGCAACAUCGAGUGGCUACUGGAAAGUGACCGGUCAAGACAGAAAAAUCAGGGAUCUUGCCACCAACAACGUUAUUGGGACCAAGAAGAGUCUGGUUUUCUACCAAGGACGCACCAAAAGUAAUUGGAUCAUUCAUGAAUAUGACCUUUUUCCUCCAAACCAGGGAAUUUAUGUUGUAUGCAAGUUAACGAGAAAAUCCGAGAAGAAACCAAAAGAAAAAACGGAUGAGAUGGUUCAUGGUACAAGGAAGGCAAAUGCCAGUAUCGCUGCCGGCUAUGAAAAUCAAGCAAAUGAUAUGAUUCCAGGAGUACAAAUUCCGGACUCAGGUGACUUUGGAGGCUCACAGUACGAGGUGGGGUCAAGCAAUGAGAUGCUACGUGAUGAAUCAGAAGACGGAUUUGAUGUCGAUUCGUUUUUGCUGUCGUCUCCGCUUGAGGAUAAGCAAGACUAGUUGGAAAUAUUUACGGUCUCAGGCACAUGCAUGCGUUGAGACAAUAAAGAAGGGGAGAAAAAACUAUUAUGUUCAAGGAGGAAAAAUACAAUUGUGGUGUGUAUCUUUUUUAAGUGUUCUUCGCAUUAAGUAUUUGUUUGGAUCAGUUUUUAAAUG